GACCAGGUUUUAAAUCUUACUCCAUCUCCUCGCAAAAGGCUGAACAUUUCGUCAUGUCUCCGGUAACGUUCCUCGUCUUCACAAUUUGGUCUGGAGCCACACUAGUAUAUUCCCAAUCUCCGGUUCGUUGUUUCGACUGUAACAGUGGCGGAACUGGUUUUGGCGGCGUCAUUUGCCCACCUAACGGUAACCUGAAAAGAGAGUUGCUGACGACGGUCCGAUGUUCAGAGAGAUGCUUCAGUCGUACCAUUCCUGAGAAACCUGGCAUUGUCCAACGAGGAUGCAGUGCUGGCAUUGGAUUCUUCCUCAGUCGACCUUUACCUAAAGACGGCUGUGUUAAAGUAUCCAAUAAGAACUGGUGGUGCUUCUGCUCUGAAAGUUUCUGUAACGUUGACGAUAUGACUCAGUACGGAGACGGUACCACCGGCUUGAUACCGAUGGAUAAAGAAGAAGCCAUCUUAUCCCCAGAGAAGCCUUUAGAACCUUGGUCUGAGGAAGAGACCGAACCAGUCAGGGAGAAUACGGCCAGACCGGAAGUGGAAAUAGCGCCUCCUGUCAGGAAACAACCAGGCGAGCAGGGCGACAACCUUCCGCACGGCAGCCAGUCCGAAUCGCUAGAAGAACCACACGUGGAAUCAUCAAUGGAAAGAUCUCCCGAAUCGCUCGAGAACCAGGAGAAAGCUUCUUAUGAAGAACCUCUUCAAACCUGGGAAGAACGACCGUAUAUUGAACCCGAGGCAAAGGAGAACCCUGGGCAGGGGGAGGAGAAGAGUCAGAUGGAAGUUCCAGAGGACAACCAUUACACUCGCCACGCCCACCACGGCCAUGACCGACAGCCAGAACAACAACAACAAGAGACUGAGGAACCCUCCUACCAAGAACCUUUGGCUUUGCCGUGAAAAAAAAAUGAGAAAAGAUCGUGAUAAUUUUUCAUUGACAUUUUCGUUUUCACGGAUUCAUAGAGUCAUGUAAAUGCUUGUUUUGUUUUUCAUCACUGUUUUUCUUGGAUUUAUAAUCGCACUAGAUUUGUUGUCAUCCUGCCUUAAUGUUUUUCGCUUUCCUACAGAUUUAGUAACAGCUUAACUUAGCACUUAAAUCUUUUCAUAUUUAUAAAGUCAGAAAACAUGUAAAUAAUUAAACAUUUAUGGCCAGUACACUAUGCAGAGAAUCCGGCAUGGGUGAUAGAAGUGGGGCCUGAAGUGGGGCUUGGAAUAAGAUAAAAGUGAUAUAAAAUAAAUCAAAGAAGGGCAGAGAGGUGGGGAAAAUAGCCACAUUUAGUGAUGCUAUAUUGAUUAACGAUUCAAGUGUUCUCUUUUAAGGACCGGAACGUGUAAUUAAUUAGCUGUCAGAAUGUUGAUUUAAAAUAAACGGACAAUGACCUCCGCUGGACUACAGAAAUUAUUUUAUAUGCCCAAAUGUGCUAGAUAAAACAGGCUAAUUUUGCAUGACGCAUUACUGCCAUCGCUGGACUUUUAGUAUUACGUAACAGACUGGAUGUCUGACGUAAUUCUUCCCAGAUUACUACGUUAAAAUGCUCAUCUGACGUGACAGAAUGACGCGACAACCGCUUCUAAUAGCAGGUGAUGGCCUUGAGUUUGUAUUUAGCAAUACUCAGUCUUGUGGUUUGUAUUAUGUAAC